AUUGCUACCUUCAACAUAUCAGCUCUUCCUUGAGUCUGAUCAUUACACACUCUUCAACCUUUUCUACCAACUUAUUCUCUUUGCUCUUCCUGAAAGAAAUGGCAUCCAGUUCAAUGUCAGCCUCAGGCUCAUGGAGUGUCAAGGACAACAAGGCCUUUGAGAAGGCUCUAGCUGUUUACGACAAGGACACCCCUGACCGUUGGUACAAUGUUGCUCAUGCUGUUGGUGGCAAAACUCUAGAGGAAGUGAAGAGACAAUAUGAACUCCUUGUCCAGGAUGUUAAACAUAUUGAAUCAGGACGAGUGGCAUUCCCAAAUUACAAGAAAACUUCAGCCUCUGAUCAGGAGGAGAAUAGGCUGAGGAAUUUGAACCUCCAGUGACCCCAAACAUCCGCAACAACAUCAACUAAUUGAUUUUCUAAUUUUCAUCAACCAACAUCUUCAUCAUCCCUGGUAGUACUACCUGGUGCUAUGCACACAUAUUUGCUACUGCAAUGACAUUUUAUGCUGUUUUAGUCAUAAGAAUCAUAUGUCCCGUGAUUCCAUCUUGUAUUUUCUUGUUGUUGAAGCUGCCUCUAAAAGAGUCAGUGAUCGUUUCAGUUCCUAGUCCUAAAGGUUGGAGAUCAGACAAACCACACAAACAUAUGUAACUAAAAUAAAUAUGAGAAAAAUACCGACAAAUGACAAAAAUGAUAAUUUAUACUAAUUGAAGAAAUCAUAACUCUCUCCCGUUACAUUGAAAGAACUUCUCAAAUAUUAAGAGAAGAAAAGAUAGAAGAGAAUGAGAUUUUGAAAUAUAUGUAAAGGGAUUCCGAUAAUGCUCCUUCCAAGACUUUUCACAUUCUUUCAGUCGAAGAUUUUGAUGAAACUAAUCAAAUCUUCACACCAUAAUUUAUCAUCAUGUUGCAGUACUUUAACGCUUUCCAUCUUGAUUUUAUCAUGAAUCUACUCACCACUCUCACUCCUUGAUGUAUGAUUUUGUACAAAACAUAGCAUACUUAAGACUAUUGACCACUCAUGCACAUGUACUUGAGACAUUUCCAUCUUUUCCACUUCACUGUUAGGAUUCAUUUUAGGAUAACCUACAAUUGAUAGAAAAUGGGUAGAAAUUGACUUGCAAUGUUACAUGUUCAAGUGCCAAAGAUCUUCAAUAAGUACUUCUUCUGAGAACAAGGUUCCUCUAGGGAACAAUUUUCUCUGUUAUUGAAGAACAAGG